AUCCCACCCUCAAUUGUCGCCUAUUUAAUUUAUUACCUACACGCAAGUCACCAGUCUCCAGGCAACUACAAUAUCGACAAACCCAGCCAAUCGCUUUUUCUUUUUUUUUGGAAACAUCUGCUCUGUUUCAUUCAUUCCUGAGGCUUUCUUUCUCCCAAUGUCCUAGCAUAAGAUCUGGCAACGCUCGAGCUUCAAUUUCUUAUUAUGGCCGAACAGGACGGCGCCGCUGGACAAUUGUUCAGCUCAUGUGUAUUCACUUUUGUAGAAAGUCGAGACUUGUCCGAAGGACUUAUUGCAGAGCUAUCUAAAAAUGUCACGGAUUUCGGUGGCCAAGUCGUCGACGCGCGACGCGACAGGUCGCUUCAUCUCGAAAAGGUCACCCACAUCGUUUCCAACACGAUCGACUUCCCCCAGUAUACGGAUGCACAAGCAACAAUGAUCCCAACAGUCAAGCACGCAUGGAUCUUGGCAUCCGUCGCCCGAAACAAGCCUGCUCAAUUACGUCCGUAUUCCCCAGACCCGAGGCUGUUUUUCAGCGAAGUCGUUCUUUCCGUUGCCGACGACAUUCCGCCGACCGACAAGGAAUCCAUUAUAGGCGCCACCAUGGCUAUGGGCGGUGUAGACUCGGAGAAUGUCACAAAACUUGUCACACACAUCUGCGCUUUAUCGAUGGACAACGACAAAUGCCGGAUAGUCCAGGCUAAGAACCUAAAGUGCAAGAUUGUGUUACCACAUUGGUUCGACGACUGCUUCAGACUCGGAAAGAGAAUAGACGAAGGGCCAUAUCUCCUGCCGGAUCCCGAGAUCGUUAAUGCGCGGUCAAACGAUGAAGUGGCAGUACCAGCGAGCCAACAUCUCGAGGGUGCGACAUCAGCCCGCCCCCAAUGGAUGCCCCCACCAACUGACUCCAUCACAGGAGCGCGACCCAAACUCACAGUCUUUCUUGAGAAGAAGCUCUUGUUGUCUUCGGACUUGUUCAUCACGGAUCGCCUCCGGGAAAUCCUACAGGGACUUAUUGAGGACGGCGGCGGACAAAUAACUGACAGCUCCGAGGAAUGCGAUUACUUUAUUUGCCAGUACCGAGAUGGGCCCCAGUACGUCCAAGCCUCUCACGAGGGCAAGGUUGUUGGUAACCUGUCAUGGCUUUACCAUCUCAUUAGCAACAAUUCGUGGACUUCGCCCAUGCGUCGGCUGCUCCAUUACCCUGUCCCCAGAGAUGGCAUACCUGGCUUCAAAGAUCUAAGGAUCACUGUGUCGAACUAUGGUGGCGAGGCCCGUAUCUACCUCGAAAACCUCAUCACCGCCGCAGGCGCCACCUACACAAAGACCAUGAAGGCAGACAACUCGCAUUUGGUCACAGCAAGGAACAACAGUGAGAAGUGCGAAGCCGCUCGUGACUGGAACAUUAACAUGGUCAACCAUCUCUGGAUUGAGGAGAGUUAUGCCCGGUGCGAAAUACAGAGUCUUACUGUCGAGAGGUAUACGCACUUCCCAGCUCGAACAAACUUGGGCGAGGUUAUUGGCCAGACCUUCUUUGACGAGUCGAGACUCCAUGCCACGUAUUAUCCUGGUGGACCGGAGAAGCUAACCGCUGCCGGCACACGUAAGCGCAAGAUGAUGGAUCUGGCCAAGGAAAAUGCACACCCUGAUGGACCUGCUGAAGGUGUAGCAAUCGGCCGUCAAGCACGGAAGGACUUUGAUGUGAUGAAAGACACUGAAUCCGACUACGCUAACAAGACAACUGAAGAGUUCGGGCUGCCUGCGCCCACGAAACGCCGCGCGACGGAAGCAGCCACACCUGUACGAGGCCGUCACGUACGCGUUGGCAAGGAGAACGAAACGCCAUCCUCUGCCUCGACCGGAAGCCGCAGCGCUAAGGAAAAAGCACAGAAGCGAUUGCUGGACCUUGCACCCGAUCUUGCUCUGUACGAAAAGGAGAAGAAGCGAGGACUUAAAGACGGCAUGUGGGGCGGCAAACGCGCUGCGGAUUACAUUGAUCGGGAGAAUCUGAACCGUCGGAGUGUAUCCAGCCCAGCUGCAGAAGAGGCAGAGGAAGCACCAGUAAAAAAACGCGCAGCCAAAAAAGCCAAACCGACAUUGCCGCAGAUCGAAGCAAAAGUCAUUCUCACAGGAUUCAAACGAUGGGUCAAUGAUAAGUUUAAAGAGGAUGCCGAUCGGAAAAAGCUUCGAGACCUCGGCAUACAAGUCGUCACAGAUGGCCAACAGUGUGACUACUUGGUUGCGCCGCAAAUAGUACGGACCGUCAAGUUCCUUCGUAACUUGUCCAAGGGCGCAAAGGUUCUAUCGUCGGAAUGGAUCGAGAAAUGUCUAGAUGAUGGAGAAGCGCCCCUUCCAGAGGAUUACCUUCUCAAGGAUAAGGAGAACGAGAAGAAGUUUGGCUUCAAGCUGCAUACAUCCAUCGAACGUGCGGCCAAGGCCAAGGGCAAACUGUUGUGGAAUCUCCCCAUAUAUUGCACUUCUUCCAUCAAGAACGGUACCGAUAGCUACAGAGCGAUUGCUGAAGCAAACGGCGCACUCUUCUUGGUAUAUGCUGCAAGGAGCGGCACGACCAUCAAGCCUACCAAGCCAGACGAGGACGAAGGAGGGCCUGAGCCAGUGUACCUCCUCAGCACUGCAAGUCCGGAGGAGAAGAAGCUAUGGCCAAGAUUUGAAAACAUGGCGCGCCAAGGCAACAUGGAGCCCAGGGUAGUUGCUUCGGACUGGUUGCUGGACGUGGUAAUGAAGCAGGAGCUUGUCUUUGACAAGAAGUAUCUCGUGACGAACUUCUUCAGCUAGUCCAGCAUGCCGAGAUCAUUGUUGUUGCUUCUAUUAGCCCGGUGCAUGGCGUCAGGGUUCUGUUUUCGUAUGACGUAUAUGACGGCCUUGCUGGAGGGUUGGCUAUAAACCAGGAGGCGUGCGGUUUAGCAUAGCGUUGCUACGAAUACUUGCAUCACGACCCUAAUCCGUGUCUCUCUCUCGCGUGAUCCGUGCCCUAUUUGUUCUCUUCGUCUUUGACUCUCGCGCACACGCUCGUCGAUCAGAAGAACUUGACACCCUCUCCCUGCCCAAAGACCUGCGCCUUGCCCCUCUUGACCAGAAUCUGCAGGGCCUUCUGCAGCACCUCCUGGUCCAGGCCCCUGAUGUCCGUCCCCAGCGUGGCCUCGCCCUCGGUGAGCUCCCACAGGGUCAGCACGGCGUUCUUCUGCCCGUUGGCGUCGGCCCAGCCCUCGAGCUCCCGUGCCCACUCCUCGGGCGUCCGCCAGUACACGAAGACGACGUCGCCGUCGCCGGC